UUAAACGUUCUCAUGGAAAGAUAUAUUGUGAACGGCAGGAUUGGGGAAGGGGCACACGGGAUCGUUCUUAAAGGUAUCGACAAGUCCACAAUGAAACUGGUCGCCAUGAAACGGAUAACGUUGAAGAACAUUAACGAGCAGGGAUUGCCGAACUCGGCUGUACGUGAAUUGCUGGCUCUUCGCCUGAUCCGCCAUGAAUAUGUAGUGAACCUAGUGGACUAUUUCCCACAAGGAUAUUCGCUUGUGUUGGUCUUUGAAUAUUUACCAAUAGAUCUCUACGAAUUUUUGCGCUCCAACUCCAAACCUUUACCGACGAGUCACGUGAAAAGCUACAUGUGGAUGCUAGCCAGCGCUGUGGAAUAUAUUCAUAGUUUGGGUAUUAUGCAUCGGGAUUUGAAGCCGGCCAAUUUGCUGAUUGGUUCCCGAGGCGAACUGAAAGUGACCGAUUUCGGAUUGUGUCGUACGUUCAAUCAUUCCGAAAAGGCUCAAAGAUUAUUCACACAUCAGGUGGCUUCACGGUGGUACAGAGCACCGGAACUGCUCUAUGGUUCUCGCAAUUAUGGACCGGAAGUCGAUCUAUGGGCUAUGGGCUGUAUCUUUGGUGAAAUGUUGAAGAAUUCUCCCCUUUUUCCGGGAGAAAAUGACAUUGGCCAACUGUGCACAGUCAUUCAAGUACUAGGCACUCCAGACGAAGAAAAUUGGCCAGGUGUAUCAGCAUUGCCAGAUUUCCACAAAAUUUCAUUUACCAAAACUCGGAAACAAAUCUCCUUUAAGAAAAUCCUGAUUGAUGUAGACGAAUCGUCACGAACGAUGCUGGAACAAUUUCUUCGCUAUUGCCCCCAAUCACGAAUAACCGCUAAACAAUUUUUAGAAGCUAAAUAUUUUCAAGAAGAUCCGUUGAUGGCUGCAAUAGAAGAGCUGCCUCUUCCGACCGAGAAAUCAGUGAAUACCGCAACGGCUGAAUUUGUUAACUGGGACUGGUCUUCUACACAUUUUUAAAUAAAAGUCUAAAUAAAACAACUUAUUUCUUUUCACUGACAGAGUGCUGCCAUUUAUUUUUAUUAUAUUUGCUGCUGGCUGGGGGGAGAUCUUAAUGUGAAUAUUUUUACGCUACUAGAACCGGCUGGCAUGUCCCUCGGCGGAGAAAGUUUUCAUUAGGUCAAGGUUUCCUAUAGCGUUAAGAAAGGUCACGUAGAGAAAAAAUGCCAUCUCAUACUCGGAGAAAGUAGGGAGGUGGAGCACCGCGAGGACGGGGGGUGGUGGAAGUAUAAAGGCACAAGAAGAAGGUGCUGCGCUGAAUUGAAAGUAGUCUACGUGUGCUCGUCCUCUACGUGUUGUAACUUUCGAUUUCUGUAGCCAAACUCAAUUUGCAACACAAUGUAUAUUAAUAAGAAAGGUUGCGUCGCACUGGCCUUUUCUUUCACCUUAAUUUUCAGUAUACAAAACUGCGAAGCCAAUAAGCGCGAAAAACUUAAAAAAGUUUUCGGAUUUCUCGAUUUUGAUGCCAGGGACGUUAAAGAACCUACGGCGUUUGCUCCGAGAGCCCCCGUGGUUGUCGUUCCGCAGUAUCGGUCCAGCAACCCAAUAUACAUACAACCGUUAACAAACCCUGUCCCUGAGGUUAUGCUCGGUGGUGUUUCUCCGUACUCGAAUUUGGAUGCUAAUGGAAGGAACAAUCCUGCACUGUGGCAAUAUUCAAAUUUGUAUCCAGAGCAUCAAUAAUAUCAUAGUUACGCGUAUGACCAAAGAAACUGUCAUUUAUUUUAACCGUUAACAACUAUCUUUCUAUUUUAAACCAUAAAUAAAAGCCGACAUUUAUUGAUUUUA